GGACUUAUUUGCCAUUUGACCGUGUACCACAAAGCAAAGACACCUGGUCGUUCGUCGGAGCUCGAUAAGAAAAUACGAAGAAAGUCAUAUGACAUUGCAGUUAACCAAGGUUUGCAAACCUUGAGCAAAGAAAGUUUUGUAAAACAUAAAUUCAGGUUCGCAGUCGAGGUAAAAUUAUUCAGUGAUCAGUUACUCAACCAGAGUUGUGAAGAAAUCAUCAAAAUGUGGGGUUUCAAGACGUGUUCUCAUCUCCUGAGUGGUGGUCCCUUGCUCCUCCUCUUGUUGAAUUGUCUCGUCGAAGUCUCGGGAAUUCGGUGCUACGAAUGUUCCAGUUCUUGGAAUGACGAUUGCACCAUGAGCCCACCACCGUCACGAUAUCUUAAAUUGUGUUCAGUUCCUCUGUGCAGCAAAUUUUACGCCGAGGAGAACGGGAUAAUCCGGGUUGAAAGGUAUUGUGGAGGAUCUGACUUUUCGAACGGGUGUCGUGACGCAUCCUUUCCCGACCGAUCGCCAGGAACGCGGUACCGUGCCAUGAGUUGUCGAUGCAAUGACCAGGACGGGUGCAAUGCCGCACUGAAUCUGAAUGCCUCCUUUUCACUUCUCAUUAUUAUUUCAACAACGGUUCUGAAUUUGUGGUGGUUUCAGACACAGCGCUGAAAAGUUUGUCAAUCUCGUGAGAAUAUUUCUCUCACAGCAAUGGCAUCAUUCAAAUGUUUUUUAGGAAAUUGAGCUAACAUUUCUGUAUAUUGUAACUUAACGUAGAACGCUACCUGAAAAUUAAGUUGCCUAAAUAUCCAUCGGUCCAAUUAAAUAUGUUCUGCUUCUCUUUCAAGUUUAUCCUUGGUAUUAAAAUCACAUUACGUAAUGCAA